AUGGCGGCUCCCGGUCCAUCGCUGUGCCUUUUCGACGUGGACGGGACUCUGACGGCCCCGCGGCAGAAAAUUACCCAAGAAAUGGAUGGCUUCCUACUAGAACUGAGGCAGAAGAUCAAAAUUGGAGUGGUAGGUGGAUCAGACUUUGAAAAAGUCCAAGAGCAACUUGGAAAUGACGUGGUUGAAAAAUAUGAUUAUGUGUUCCCAGAAAAUGGCUUGGUAGCAUACAAGGAUGGAAAGCUCUUGUGUAAACAGAACAUUCAAGGUCACCUGGGUGAGGCUCUCAUCCAAGAUGUCAUCAACUACUGUCUGAGCUACAUAGCGAAAAUUAAACUCCCCAAGAAAAGGGGUACUUUCAUUGAAUUCCGGAAUGGGAUGCUCAACGUGUCCCCCAUUGGGCGAGGCUGCACCCAAGAGGAGCGCAUUGAGUUCUACGAGCUCGACCAAAGAGAGAAUAUCAGAGAGAAGUUCGUCACAGACCUGAGGAAAGAGUUUGCGGGAAAAGGCCUGACGUUCUCCAUAGGAGGCCAGAUCAGUUUUGAUGUCUUCCCUGAGGGAUGGGACAAGCGGUACUGCCUCCGACACGUGGAGAAUGACGGCUUCCACACCGUCUACUUUUUUGGAGACAAAACCAUGCCGGGCGGAAAUGACCACGAGAUCUUCACAGACCCUCGGACUGUGGGCUACACUGUGGCGACACCUGAGGACACUCGCCGGAUCUGCAAGGGGCUCUUCUUCUGA